AUGCAGUUUGCAGGCCUCUCCUCUUUCCUCGUCGCUGCUAUUGCCGCUUCACCCAGUCUUGCUGCCGCUGCAGCGACUCCGGUCGUCACCGCUCCCAAUACGACGGCGACCACCACCGCUGCUCUCGGGCUCACGCCGCUCAGCGGGGCCGGGCAAAGCUGCAACGACUGGGCUAUCUCCGGCACCACCCUCCAAGCGCUGUGCAGAAACGUCCAGGGCGUCUUCCAGACGGCCCACACCGACAUCAGCAACUGUGUAACCAACAGCGGCGGAAACCUGUUCUGUCAAGCCAACGGCGGCGCUGGCGCGUCUUGCAGCUUUUUCAACCUCUUCCAGGCGGGAAGCAGCGUCUUGAUCUCCGCGCAUUGCGGGACAGGUAAUGGAGGCAACAAGGAGACCGACAAUUUUGAUAUCAACAACUGCUUCUCGAACAGUAAUGGAGCGCUUAGCUGUUAA